AGAGGGUUGAGUAUCAUUGGCCGUCGCAUUUUCAGUGGACAGACAUGCAGUCAGUAAAAAACAAGGUCUGGCCCCUAGCUGGGUCCAGAACCCACCACAGCUCCCUAUUACUGUCAGCACUGACCGGUGUGCUGGUACGCCCCGCCCACCGACUUCCCCGCAAAAGGCGAUGAGGAGCCCCGUAGUUCCUGCAGCCAAUGAGCAGCGAGGGGCGGGGCCUAUCGCCGCAGCCUCGCAAGUAGUGACCCUGGACGCGAUGGAGGCUGCGGCGGUGCCAGCCGGGCUGCGCGUGGGCUUCGUGGGCGCGGGCCGCAUGGCGGAAGCCAUUGCGCAAGGCCUCAUCCGAGCAGGCAAAGUGGAAGCUAAGCAGGUGCUGGCCAGUGCACCAACAGACAGGAACCUCUGCCACUUCCGGGCUCUGGGUUGCCAGACCACUCACUCUAACCAGGAAGUGCUGCAGAGCUGCUCGCUGGUCAUCUUUGCCACCAAGCCCCAAGUCCUGCCAGCUGUCCUGAAAGAGGUGGCUCCUGUGGUCACUGCUGAGCAUGUCUUGGUGUCUGUGGCUGCUGGGGUCUCCCUGAGCACCCUGGAGGAGCUGCUGCCCCUGAACACACGAGUGCUACGAGUCUCACCCAAUCUGCCCUGCAUAGUCCAGGAGGGGGCCAUGGUGAUGGCACGGGGUCACCAUGCUGGGAGCGAGGAGGCCAAGCUCCUGCAAAAUCUGCUGGAGGCCUGUGGGCAGUGUGAGGAGGUGCCUGAGGCUUAUGUGGACAUCCACACUGGCCUCAGUGGCAGUGGUGUAGCCUUUGUGUGCACAUUCUCUGAGGCCCUGGCUGAAGGCGCCAUCAAGAUGGGUAUGCCCAGUGCUCUGGCUCACCGCAUUGCUGCCCAGACCCUGCUGGGGACAGCCAAGCUGCUGCAGCAGGAGGGACAGCACCCGGCCCAACUACGGACAGAUGUGCUUACACCAGCUGGCACCACCAUCUAUGGGCUCCACGCCUUGGAACAAGGUGGACUGCGAGCGGCUACUAUGAGUGCUGUGGAAGCUGCCACCUGCCGGGCAAAAGAGCUCAGCAGGAAAUAGGUCCCAGGCUCAAGAGGAGGCCAUGGCUCCUCGCCCACCUGAAUCUCCUGAGUGCCUAGAACAGCCCUUUGUGGCACACUGGCCUCCUUGCUGCCCAGACCCACCCCACCCAGUUCCCUCCUUCCCUUCCCUUAAGGACCACAACUCUCUUUCCAUCCCACACAAGUGAUAAAUGCAGAGAUAAAUGCAACCCCUCCUAUGGGGAUCUCCCACCCAUAA